AAACGAAAGAGUUAAAUAUUAUAAUUAUUGGCAUAACUAAUCAUCCGGGAGAGUUGGAUGCGGCUAUGACGCGGUCGGGCCGGCUCGAAGGGUAUUGGGAAAAAGUUAAGGAAAUUACUUGGGAAGAAAAACAAAAGUGUUCUUUGGAAACAGGAAUUUCGUUUAUUGAUAUCAGAAGUGCUCUUCGACGGGACGACUCGUCGGCCGCUGAUAGUGAGAAAUAUCGUUUCUGGCUAGCACAGAUUCGGGAAGGAAAAGUAGAAGAAACUGAAGGGCAUACUUUACAUGCCACAGAAGCAGAAGCCCGCAAAAAAAGUGAAAAAGAAAAAUUUGCUGGAGCCUUGGAGAGUUAUACAGUGGAAUGUUUAUUACCGGACGGUCAAUGUUUACAAUUAGCUACUAGUCAUUACUUUGGAGAUAACUUUUGUCGGGCGAUGGAGGUCAAGUUCCAAAACCAGCAAAAUCAAUUUCAAUAUCCCUUUUCAACUUCCUGGGGCACUUCGACUCGGGCCAUCGGGGCAAUUGUCAAAGCCCAUGCUGAUAAUUGGGGAGUAAUUUUGCCAUUUGCUAUUGCUCCCGUCCAAAUCGCUUUUAUUUUGGUCCAGCCCAACGAGGAGUUGGUUAAAUACUACCAGGAAAUAAGCGGUUUGUUGGGGGAUGCUCGCUAUCGCUGUCAAUUAUAUAAUGAGAGUUCACAGAUUAAUAAGAACAUUCUCCAAGCCGACCGAGAAGGGUGUCCGUUGAAAAUAAUUUUGGGACCGGAAGAAUUAAAAAAACAGGAAAUUACUCUGGUAAGGAGAGAUAAUGUGGAAAGAAAAAUUACUAUUAAGUUGGAGGAAAAUGAAACAGAAAAAAAAUACAUUACGGCCGUUGAAAAGUACUGGGAAGCAAUAAGCGGGAUUAACCAAGAAAGUAAAGAAGUAUUAAUAAAGGAAAAAGCAAAAAUGGCUAACUCAUUUAGACAAGGCCAGAGAGCCGGAAAAAUUUUUGGGGUUAUCAGUAAAGAAGCCGCAGAAUUACAAAAAAAUCUCUAUCAAAAAAGCGUGGAGUUUCGCGACCAGCAUAUUUUUUCGGUUUCCAGUUUGACCGAAUUAGAGAAAAAAAUAAAAGACGGAAACAAGGGUUUAUUUUUGGUCCCUUUUUGUAAUAAUUUAGAUUGCGAAUUGAAAAUUAAGGAAAAAGUGCCUUCGUAUAGUAUUCGCUGUCUUUAUCUUAACGGCAAAAAAAACUCGGUUGUUAAAUGUCUUUUUUGUCAAGCGGAAACC